AUGUGUUUAGUAAUAAAAAUGUCCUUAGGGUUUCUGUCCGUGCCACCUGCAAAAGCAGUUGAGCUUCCCCCCGGCACGUGGACCCCCGUAACCUUGGGAACGCCGGGAGGAAAUUCCUUUCGCGUGACGCUAAUCGACGAUGCUUGUAACGAGGUGUCGCCGUGGCACGACGUGCCGCUGCAUUCCUCCAACGGUACAUUCAACGCGGUCUGCCUCACUCCCAAGGGCUGUCAAGACGACUACGAGGUCGCCGUUCGCGAACGCCUCGCGCCGCUGCGAAUGCGGUUACGCAAUAACAAACCCAUGCGCUUCGCCGACCCGAUCCCGUGGAACUUCGGCGUGUUCCCGCAAACCUGGGCCGACUCGUCCACUCGCUGCCCGGAAUUCGGGAACCUACCCUUAGACGACAGUCCCGUGGAGUUAAUCGAUAUAGGUAGCCAGGUCCGGCAGUUAGGCGAGGCGUACGCGGUCGAGCCGCUAGCGGCGUUUGUGCUGGUGGAUCCGCGCGGGUUCCAGCUUUCGUGGAAGGUGGUGGGGAUCGCGACGGACGACCCGUCGGGGUUUCAGGACCUGAGCGACGAGAACGUGGCGGGGAUCGUGCAGACGCUGCUGGACUGCAUUCGCGACUGGCUGCGCGCGGGGCGGCACUGCGGAGGUGAAAAGACAAAAGUGCUUACGCUAAGCCAGGGCAAGGCGGGCCAGGACAAGGUGAUGGAAAUCGUCGCUCAGGCGCACGCAGCGUGGCAGCUGCUGCGCAGCGGGUCAGCUGAUAACGAGGACAUGGGCGACCUGCUGCUCUCGCCGAACCUGCUGCACCGGAAGCCCCAGUCCGGACCUGCGGUUCGGAUCUUCGCCGAGUCGUACGCGACAGAUUCGGCGAAUAAGGACAAGGCCGUGAUUGACGAGCAGGAUAUUAAGACGCUCGUGGCUCCGGUGUUUGGGAGGUCGAAGAAACCGAGCGGCAGCGGGCAGGCAGGGUUGAAAAAGCUGGGCGGCAGCCAGACGGUCAGCCGGUUUCUCGGGCGGCUGCGGCGGCCGUCACAGGCAUUUGGCAGCGACGCCCUGGGGGGAUUAGACCUCUCCGCUAUCCAGCAGACGCUCUUUGACAACCCUCAGAUCUCCCAAAUCUCUAAAAACUCUCCAAAAUCUCCGGAUUUCCGGGACUCUCGGGAGCGUGAGGGUUUGUCAGGUAGAAAGCGGUCGUCCCAGGCGUUCGGGAGUGACGCACUGGAAGGAGUGGACCUCUCUGGCUUGCAGCAGCCGACUUUUGAGGCGCCUCAAAAAUUCGGGAGCGACGCCCUGGGAGGAAUGGACCUCUCUGGUUUGCACCAGCCGCAGCAGCAGCAGCAGCCGCAGCCGCAGCAGCAGCAGGUGGAUUUCGCGGGAAAUGCAGCAGCAGGUGCGGUGGCAGGGCGGCGGGGAGGUGAUUGGGGGACUGGCGAAGGGGGAAGCGGUGAGGGGGGGUACGGUGAGCGGGGGAACGGGGAGGAUGAAGGGGAGGAAGGGGCGGCGCUGUCUCAGGGGGGUCUGAGGUCCAGGAGUUUCAACUCCGCGUAUCCCCCCUCCUUUUCCGCCCAGGACCAGCUAAACAUGCGCCUGGAUGGGCUGGGGCAGCGGGGGGCGCAGGGGGUGGCGCAGGGGGGAAAGGGGGCGGCACAGGGGGUGGCGCAAGGGGGGCCGCAGUGGGGGGCGCAGGAGGGCGUAAGUAUGGCGUUUGGCCGGACCCGUAGUGCAGGGUCCGCGGAAGGGAGGGCGGGGGGAGCGGUGGCUAUAUUAGGGGCGGGCGGGGCGGGCGGGGCGGGCAGGGCGGAAGAGGAUACAGCAGGCCAGGCGCCGUCCACGUUAUCAGCCUCCCAGUCCCGUUAUAGGGCGUGGCGGAACCUCCUAGUGGAUGUGCAUCUGGGGGGGAGAUCCGCCAAGGGGGGCGGAAACGAGGGGCGGGGGUUCCUGGCGGAAGGGGCAGGGGCGGGCGCAGGCAUAGGGGCGGGCGCAGGGGGAGCAGGGGGGGCCUUUGGUCCCCCGUCCUCCUCCUCCUCCGCCUCUACCCCCUCCCCCCUCCCAUUCCCCCCUCUUCCCCCUUCCGCCCCCCUCUCCGCCUCCUAUAACGGCCGCCCCACCCCCCCCGCCUGUGGGGAACUCCUAGAGGAGGUUCCGCGGAGCAGGUCUACGCCCCCAGGUGCCCCCCUUUCCGCCUCUGCGGGAGCGGGCAGGGCGGGCGGGGCAGGCGGAGUGGCGCUCAGGCGGAGCCUGCGCCACAGCAGGAGUCAUAGCUUCUCGGAAGCUUCCCAGGAUGGGGGGGGUGUGGGGGGAGGCGCGCGGAGGGAGGGGGGCGGGGGCGGGGGCGGUGCAGGGGGUGAAGGGGAAGGGGAGGGGAGGGCAGGGGGGAGCAUGCAUGGGGGGUUUGGGGAUGGGUCAGGGGGGAAUGGGGGCGGCUGGGGCGCAAGCGCGGUGUGGGGGGGUGUUACCACUGGCGGGGGCAGCGGAGGCUACGGCAGCGCAGGGUGGUUUUCCGCUUGUGGCAGUGUUAGCGGUGAUAUCUUCAGCAACAGCGGGAGGAGCAGCAGCAGCAGCCUGAGCAGCAGAGAGGGGGGGAGAGAGGGGCGCGAGGGGCGCGAGGGGAGGGAGUGGCGAGAGGGGCGUGAGGGGAGGGAGGGGAGGGAGGGGAGGGAGGGGAGGGAGGGGAGGGAGGGGAGGGAGGGGAGGGAGGGGAGGGAGGGGAGGGAGGGGAGGGAGAGUACGAGAUCACUGAGUAUGGUGCUAGAGCCGAUUCAAGGCACUCCCAACACAAGCCCUCUACCCGCGGACUCCCUUCCCCCCUCCGCCUUUGCCUCCGCCCUCCCUUCCGCCCUCCCCCCUCCGCCCCUGUCCGCCUUCGCCUCCCCCUCAGGUGCCACCACGCCCCCCUAUGCCAACCGCUCCCCCCGAUCCAGCCCCCUUUCCCGCUCCUCCCGCGCGCAUUCCCACCUUCCCCCCAUCCCCCCGCCCUCCCCUGGGCCUUCCCCCGGGGUUUCCCCCGGGCUUCCCCCUGUCAUUCCGCCCACGCACAGCGGGAGCAGCGGGGGAAAGAGCCCCCUGAUGAGCCCGCGCGCGUUUCUACACGGCAGCAGCCCCCCCAGCAGCAUCAGCCCCCAUGGGUUCAGCCCUGGUGACGUGGUAAGUGCUGGUGGGGGCGGUGGUGCGCGUGAUGGGGACGGCGGUGGGAGCGGAGGGAGGAGGGGGAGCAGGGGGAGCAACACGGGGACUGGAUCAGUGAGGGGAAGCAGCAGUGGCGGAGGGGGGCUGUUUGGGGGAUUGAUGAGCGCAGGGCGGCGGAUGGGUGGCAGUGUGAGGGAGCGGAGUCGGCACGCGAGGCGGCAUUCUUUGGAUGUAGUGGCGGCUGUUCCCCUCCUCUCCCCCAUCACGAGAGGACUUUUCUCCUCAGGGAAAAACCCCGAGGCAGCAACGGGAGAGGAUGUAGGAUCAGGAGAUAUUACAGGAACAGGAGGAGCAGGAGGAGCAGGAGGAGCAGGAGGAGCAGGAGGAGCAGGGGGAGCCGGGGAUAUUGCGGGGGCAGGAGGGGCAGGGCUGGUGGGAGGUGAAGGAAGUGGGGUGGAAGGGGGGAGCAGAGGGCUGGCAGAGACAGCGGGAGGUUCAGGAGGGGGAACAACAGGGGGGUCGUGCCUCCCUGUGUCGCCAAGAGGCUUCCCCAGGGCUUCAGCCAGCGUGAGCAGUGGUGUGGAACCAGGCUCGCACGGAGGGUCGGGUGGCGAUGCAGGUUCGGGAGGAGGAGUGUGGCCGUGGUCCCGGCCGUCUGUGAAGCUUCGGCUCCCAACCAUGCGGGCUGGGCGCAAGGCGAGGGAUGGGCGGGGGGAUGGGGUAGGGGACGAGGGGGGAGCGAAGGCGGCUUUUGAGGCGCCUCAAAAGGUGAGGGAUGGGCGGGGGGAUGGGGUUGGAGAGGAGGGGGAGCAGAGGCGGGAGAUGGUGGGGGAGAAGUUGGGGAAGAUGGUGGGAGCGAAUGGGGGAGAGGAGGGAUGGGAGGAGGGGGUGAAGCGUCUUUGGAUGCUUUUCACAUCGGCCCUCUCAUGGCCGAAUGACCACACCAGCUCACUUCAUGUCCCUCCGCCUCCCCUGGCCUCCCCCCCUUCCCUUACCUGCUCCCUGUCCCCACACCCACCGCGCCACCCCUCCCCCCUUCUCACUCGCACGCCCUCUGCUCCUCUUAGGCACACACCCCCUCCUCCUCCUCACCACAGUCCGUCUCCUCCUCCCCGCACCCCAUCUCCUCCUCCCCACACCUCCUCUCCUCCUCCCCACACCUCCUCUCCUCCUCCCCACUCCUCCUCUCCUCCUCCCCACACCUCUUCUCCUCCUCCUCGCACUGCCUCUCCGCCCCUCAACCCCCCCCAUCGCGCUCAGAGCGCUGCCCGAUCCUUCCUGUUACAGGAGCUCGGGGGUAGGCGCCCCCAAGGCUUCCUCCGAACCUCCAGCGUAGCCGCGGCACUGCCAGGCUUGGCGAGCCCAGGUCUGGGCGAAAGCUCGCCGGAGUGGGCCAGGGGAAGAGGCAGUAACAGGGGGGGCAAUGACAAUGGUUCGGGCGGUAACCAGAUCAGUGGUAACCAGACCAGUGGUAACUCCCCUCCUCGCCCCCCGUCGUGUGAGAGAAAUCAACGGUCCAAAUCCCCUUUGAGCCGGCCUGAUAGGAGCAGCAGCAGGGGGAGGGAGAGAGAUGGGACUGUAGAGGGGAGAAGCCAAGGGAGGGAGAGAGGUGGGGUUGCAGAGGGCAGCAGGGGGCGAGAGGGGGAUGCGAAUCUGGAUCCUUUGAAUAAGGAGCAGACAGGGAAGGCAGAGCACCGAAGAGAGCAGGAGGUGUGUGGGGAAGAGGAGAGCGGGAAAGAGGAGAUCAGGUUCGGGAGGGGGGCAGCAGAUGGCAGAGGAGAGAGUGGAGGAGAGAGCAGAGGUGGCGCAGGGGAGGAUGAGGUCCCUCCCUCUCCCUCUCUCUCCGUUUCACUCACGUUUUCCCGGAAGUUGCCUGUGGGGAGUGGCAGUGCUGCUGACGAGGCUGGGAAGGGGUGUGAAGCAGCGGGUGUCGGCUCCACUCGCAACCGGCACACUCGCAACGGUGACGGUUCCCCGCCCCUCUCCCCUUUCCGAGGAGACGGGGAUGAUCCUUCCCCGUCUCCUCGGCACCGCUUCAAGUCGCCCCUGAAAGGCCGCGAGGGGAGGGACUGGUCGCCACAGAUGGGACGGGAGGGAAGGGACUGGUCCCCUCCUGCGCCGCGGCCGAGGAAAGAGCUUUCAGGCAGCAGUGUGGCUCAGCGACGGGCUUCUCUCUUCGCCCUUCCUGGCUCUGCUGCUGCUGCUGCUUCUGCUUCUCUAGAUGAUGGGCCGUCUUCUAAAGACCGAAAAGGCUCGUUCCGAAAUCGUGGUGGCUCGUUCAAGGACCGGAGUAGUGGGCGGUUGGAGGAGGAUGAGGAUGAGGAGGAGUCCUCUAGGGACCUCAGUGGGUCGUUCAGAGGCCGGAGCAGGUCGUCUCGAGAUCUCAGUGGCUCGUUUGCCGAACCUGGUGGCCCGUUGGGGGAGCGCAGUGGCUCGUUCAAGGACCGGGAGAGGGAGGGAAGGAGGGAGAGUGGAGGGCGGGGUGGGCAGAGCGAGAGCAGUGCUACGAGCCACGGGAGUGAAGGGCAGGAGUUGUGGGGUGUGCGUAGUGGUGAGAAGGGUGGAGAGAAGGGUGGAGAGAGGUGGGGAGAGGGAGGGGACGGUGGAGAGGGAUAUGGGCAGAGGGAGGGGGUAGUUGUGAGUAGGCAGGGGGUUGAGCGUGGUUGGAUGGAGAAGGAGAAGGAAAGCAAGGAGGAAGAGGAGGAGGAUGAAGAGGAGGAAGGAGAGGAGGAAGAGGAAGAAGAAGAGGAAGAGGAGGAAGACGAGGAAGAAGAGGAGGAGGAGGACGACGAGGAAGAUGAGGAGGAAGAGGAUGAGGAGGAAGAGGAUGAGGAUGAGGAAGAAGAUUAUUCUGAGGGGGAAGAGGAGGAGGAAGAGGAGGAAGAGGAGGAAGGCGACAGUGAUGGUUCAAGAGUGGAGCGACGGAGGGGCAGAGGGGCGUCUAAGAAGCCAGAGCCCAGGCAGUACGCGUGGGAUAUAAUCACACCCGAUACAGCGUCCUUCACCACCACUAAGUUGUCAUCCACCAACCAUCACGUACACAAGGAGGCAAAGGGGUCGCUGGUGGGCGGCGUGAUUAUCGGCAUCGCCGCGUCGCUUCAUCUCCUAACCACGGGCCGCAUCAUGGGCGCGUCGGGAAUUGUCAACGGCGUCGUCACGGGCGUGCCGGACUGGGCUUGGCGCGCAGUGUUCCUCGCGUCGAUGACAGCCGUCGGAUCGUUCACGAUGCUCAUCGACAGCGGGCACGCGUUCGGGUCCAAGCCCCCCUCCGUGGGUGACGAUCCGGGUCUCGCGCUCAUUCUGCCCAUCGCCGCCGGGCUGCUCUGCGGCUUCGGCUCGCAGUUGGGAAGCGGGUGCACGUCCGGCCAUGGCGUGUGCGGCUUGCCGCGCUUCUCCCUGCGCAGCGCCGUAGGCGUCGCCACCUUCAUGGCUACAGGCGCCGCUACAUCCAUGAUCCUCGGCGCCAUCGCCACCGGCGCUACAGCCGCCAACCGGCCCCCCGGCGAGCCCAUCCCAGCCACCAACACGUGGCUUCUUGUGCUGGCCGUCUGUGCUACAGCCGUGGGAGCUAUUAUCGCGUACAGAUGCCCGUACUGCAACGAGUUUCUUGAUGGUAGUGGUGCUGGCGGGGCUGCGGCUGGAGAAACGGCAUCGCUUGCUAAGGAUGCUGCCAAACCGGCCUGCUCCAGUGGGGCCUGCUCCCUCUCCUCCUCCGCACCCUCCUCCUCCUGCUGUUCCGCCCUGCUCCAUCCCAUCAACGUGCUGCGAGCGUCGCUUGUCACGGGAGCAAUUUUCGGCAUCGGACUCGCUCUUAGCGGCAUGUGCAAUCCCUACAAGGUGAAGGACUUUCUAGACCCAGUGCACGGGUGGGACCCCAGUCUCGCCUUCGUGAUGGGCGGCGCCGUGGCAGUCAAUGUCGUCACCUUCCGCUUCAUUCUCGCGCGGCCCAACCCUCUCUUUGACACCAAGUUCUUCGUCCCCUCGCGCACCGACAUCACGUGGGAGCUCGUGGUUGGGUCGGCAAUCUUUGGCAUUGGGUGGGGUCUAGCCGGCUACUGCCCGGCUCCGGCAUUUGUCAGCCUCUCCACUGGGAAUGUGCCGGUGAUUGCAUGGGUGUCCUCCCUAAUUGCAGGCAUGGGCUUGUAUCAGCUGUUUAUGAAGCUUCUAAAGCGGUGGGCCCCUAACAUAAUCAGCGGAAGAACCGUCGCACGACGUCGCCACGUACUCAUGGCGACAGCCGGUCGUCGCGCGCGUGUGGCAGUGGACGUCGUGUCCGACACCGUUUGUCCGUGGUGCUUCGUCGGCAAGCGAAACCUGGAUAAGGCCAUCGCUGAAUUCGCUGACGUCGCGGACGUCGAGGUCCGGUGGCAUGCGUUUCAGCUCAACCCCAAGGCCUCCAAGGAGGGGGUGAGCAAGCUCGACCUCUACCGCUCUCUCUUCGGCGACCGAAUGCCGGCCAUUACCGCGCGCAUGACAUCCGUGUUCGAGGAACUUGGGCUCAAAUACAGCCUGGGUGGACUCACGGGCAACACGUUGGACAGCCAUCGGCUGAUCGCGCUGGCAGGGAUGAAGGACAGGGAGAGGGGCGGUGAGCCGGCCGGCUCCUCUCUUCAGCACCGAGUGGUGGAGGAGCUGUUUCUGGAUUACUUCACUCGAGAGAAGUUCAUCGGCGACAGACAAGUGCUGUUGGCCGCAGCAGAAAGGGCCGGGUUGCAAGGAGCAGCAGAGUGGCUUGACAACCCACAGGCAGGCUUGCAAGAGGUGGAGGCUGAAUUGCAACGCUAUCGACCACGGGUCUCAGGCGUUCCACAUUUCAUUAUUGGUGGCCAGGAGUUUUCAGGUGCUCAGCCCCCUGCUGUUCUGCUAGAAGCUCUGAAAUCUGCAGCAUCUGUUAAAUCUUGA